AGUGAGUAAGCGCAUAGACGCAGUCUCAGUGCAGAGAAAAAAAGGUAUUUUCACAUAAACAGGCACGCCAAAUAAAUAGCAGCUCACCAGUGUCGAACGAUUUCAGUUGCAUCGUAGAUAGCCAACGCUACAACGCAAACAAUAUUAGAAAAAAAGGCAGACUAACGAAGUCAAAUUCACAAGCCAUACAUACAUUUACUUACACACUCGCGCUAACUAAGAAAGAAAUGGUGAUUCUACGCCCACUACCUGACGAUUUGGCAAAGAAAGCCGCCGAGGAGUUGAAUGAGAAGAGCGUUGACAAUGAAUACUACGUGAAUUCGUUGCGCGAGUGGAUCGAGAAGCAGCCCUAUUUGCGCGCGCGCACCGACGAUCAAUUCCUGAUCGCAUUCCUGCGUGGUUCCAAGUUUAGUUUGGAGAAAGCGAAACAGAAAUUAGAGAAUUUCUAUAUACUGCGCGCCGCUAUGCCAGAAAUCUUCCGCAAUCGAAGUUUGAGUGAAUCCAAAUAUGAGGCGAUCGUCAAGUCGGGUGCUGCUGCUUUUCUGCCUGAGCCUGUGAGCGAGGGUGGGCCGCUGGUGGUGUUGCUGCGUCCAAGUGAAUUCAAUAUGGAGCAGCAUACGAUCAAUGAUGUGCUGAGAGUCGGUUCAAUGAUGAUCGAUAUUCUAAUGCAGGAGAACGAUCGCGUCUUUAUCGCUGGCUAUACAUUCAUUAUUGAUCUGGGUAAUAUUUCAAAGGCUGUGCUGUUGAAUUUCGAGCCGGAGUUCAUACGUAAACUGACUAUACUAGUCAAUAAAGCUGCGCCCACGCGCAUGAAGGGCUUCCAUUUUAUCAAUGUGUUGCCGAUCUUUGAGAAACUAUUCGGCAUGGUGAAGAGUGUGAUUAGUGCAAAAUUGAAAGAGCGGUUCUAUGUGCAUGGCAACAACUUGGAGGAACUUUACAAAUACGUACCCAAACAUGUGCUGCCGAAGGAAUAUGGCGGUGAUUGUGAUAUAGAAAGUCUACAGGCAGAGUGGUGGCAAAAAUUGAAUGAUUACAAGAAAUUCUUCGAAGAGGAGGAGCAAUACGGCAUUGCUGAAGGCUACGAACGACUCAAGCAAGUGAAGGAACUUAUCGCAGAUACCAGCGUCUUACAGGGCACAGAUGGCUCUUUUCGGCAAUUGGAGUUCGACUAAAGCGACGUACAACGUACAGUUAGUCUAGUAAUUAUCAGCAACCAAAGCAAUUAGCGCAAUAUUUUCUAAUUUUUUAUACUAUCUUUUUAAUAUGAUACUUAUUUAAAAUGAUAUUCAUACUUAUUUGGCUGGCAGUUUAGCUGAAAAGCAUAAUCAAAAACAUU